AUGCCCAAAAGAAAGAACGCCAAGUUAGUCCCUCAUGAUGACGGCGGUCAAAAACAGAAGUCAAAGCUACCACCCCCCGUAAGGCUAGAAGCCCCUCCUCCCAUGCAUCACCAGGUCCAAGCCUUGGUGGCCGCCGCCUAUCCGGACAAGAAGCGUUUGACCAACGCCUGGGAUGACCGCCGAGGCGACCUCAAGCGACGCCGCACCGACUCGCUAAUGUCACUGCCCUGGGAACUCCCGGGCGAGGGCAGGCUGAACCAGCUUGGCCAGAAGAUCGAGAGUCCGCAUUACACCACGCAACAUCUCAGUGGCAUGGUUGACAAUAAGCUUCUCCUCCAGGAGCGCGUAUCCCAGUGGCGGAAUAUGAUAUCGACAACCAGCAAGAGCGAGAACCCCAAAAGCGGCCUUGGAACCUUUGCAAGAGUUCCAACAGAAGUUCGGGACAUGAUCUUGUCGUACCUGCUUGUCCACUACAACGACAUCCGAGUCCUCAAUAACUGGUCUUUGGUGUAUGAACGCUCGCGACCAAAUUUGCAUGUGGGCAUCCUAAGAGUCUGCCGCAUCUUCCACCGACAGGGCAUCCGCAUUCUGUACGGUGAGAAUACUUUCAAGUACCUGGUCCGCGAUCCCAGCCCCAUGAAUCCCCAUACGCAGCUUGUCAUCGACCACGUCUACAACAGCAACCACAUCCCCAUGGAAAAGCACAUUCACCUGGUCAAGAAGGUCAAGCUCGUGGUCGAGGCCAACCGCAUGCAUUGGUACGACAUUCGCGAGGCCGUUCCUCGUGCCCUAUUGAUGUUCGUUCCUGGGCAACUGCACACGGUGGCGAUCGAGCUGCCGGCGCAGACGCGAGAGUCGUUGGGUCUGGAUCCAGACAUUGGUACCAAUAUGGACGAUGUUCCCGUGUCCGAUUGGCUCCAUGGCAACACCUUGGUCCUCAAGACUCUGCAACAGCUCAACUGUCAAUUCAUUCGCAUGCUAGCCUUGACUUAUGAGAACGAGUCCUUUGAGGCCCUCAUUGAUCGACGUUCUCACUUUACUCAGCGCGGCGCAGGAGAUGGUCGUUCGGACAUGUGGAGCGAGGACCAACUCAUGCUGGCCAACCGCAAAAUGGAAGCAACCAAGUCGUGCGCCCGACUCGGCGCUCUUUGGCACUGGCUGCGACGACUGGCGCUCGAGGGCACUGCCGACGACGUUGGACCUUUUCUCCAGCAUGUCGCCGAACCGGAAGUCUCGAAUCAUUUCCAGCUCGAGUCGCCGGCCGCAUCAAACCGCAGAAAUCCACGUCGAGCUCAACGCCUCACUAGCGGCUGGUUCAACUAUAAUGUUGGUGAUAUCGGUAGAGCAGAGAGCGACGACGAUUAUGAGGACGAUGGACAUAACCAUGAUGACGAUGACGACUCAAUUUUUGUCAGAUGA